AUGGGCAGGUAUGCGUAUGGCUCACCCUUCCUCAGCUUCUUUUCCUUCUCCUUUUCCUUCCUUCUCUUGUUCUACAUUCCUGUGGCUCUGUCUCAACUCCCUGAAAACCAGAAGAAUGCCAUGAAGAAGCUCUCCAUUUAUCUCAAUGAAGCAGACCCAAAUCCAUGUUCAUGGAAUGGAGUUAGUUGCGGCAACAGCAAUCGAUCCAUCACCCAUCUAUCUUUUCCCUCUUCAGAACUCUAUUACUCUGAUUUUCUACCUGAUUUGUGCCAAAUUGAUACUCUAGAGUCCAUUGAUGUGUCCAAAAAUUCUUUGACUAUCAUCCCUGAUGAGUUCAUCAGAGACUGUGGACGGAUUAAUGGGCUUAACUACUUGAAUUUCAGUCAGAACAGAUUGUCUGGUUCUUUGCCUAAUUUUAGUGGUUUUGGUGGGUUACAGUACUUGGAUUUGUCUUUUAAUUCAUUAACUGGAAGUAUUGAAUCUCAACUGAAUGGAUUAGUUGGAAUCAGAAGCUUGAAUCUGAGCUUCAACCAGUUCAUUGGCUCUAUCCCUACCCAACUGGGUAAAGCCAUGGCUUUGGAAGAGUUGGAGCUCUCGAACAACUUCUUCAAAGGUCAAAUCCCUGAAAAGCUCAUGAAUUACACAUCUCUUGUUCUGCUUAAUCUCAGUAGUAAUCAUCUUUCUGGGUCUGUUUCUGACAGGAUAGGCCAGCUCUCCAAGUUGGAGACCCUCCUCCUAUCAUCCAAUAAUCUUAGUGGAGGAAUUCCUGAGAGUCUUUCAAGGAUUAAGACACUCUCUAAGUUUGCUGCUUAUCAGAAUAGCUUUUCUGGCAUAAUUCCUUCUGGGAUUUCACGAUAUCUAGGGAUUUUGGACCUUAGUUACAACAAGUUAAGCGGUUCAAUCCCAUCAGACCUUCUGUCAUCAUCAACUUUGCAGUCUAUUGAUCUGUCUUAUAAUUCAUUGGAAGGGCCGAUUCCUUCCAACUUUUCGCAGAGCUUGAUUAGGUUAAGACUUGGGUUCAAUUCUCUUAAUGGUACAAUCACUUCUCUGGCCUAUGAAACGCUUUCAAAUUUGACUUAUCUCGAGCUCAAUAACAAUAGAUUCACCGGGUCUGUUCCUCCACAAGUGGGAACCUUUCAGAGUUUAGCUCUGUUGAAUCUUGCUGAGAAUGAGUUCUAUGGUCCAUUAACGAAAGAGUUGGGAAAUCUUAAAUCAACUUCAGGUUAUGAAGCUCCAAUCCAACAGGUUUACAGGAGAAAUUCCUCCACAAUAUUCAAUUGGGAACAUGAAGUCGCUGAUAGAACUCCAGCUGGGAAACAACAAAUUGAGUGGGAGGAUUCCUAG